ACUUGUUGGUUUUUCAAGCGUUUUACGGUCGUUGGCACGUUUCUUCGCAGAGAUUAUUAAACUGUUAUGUCUGCUCGAUCCAAAAAACAGAAAGCUACAGAGUCUGAGAAAAAUGAGGGUAGCCCACCGUCUUUCUCCAGGUCUGUUACUAUCGAACGGAGCCAUACAUCUUCAAGUGAAAGUCCUCGUAAAAGCUUUUCUCGUAGCGAGCGAUCUAGUAGUCCCUUAACUAUUAGUCGGUCUGAAGAAAAAGACGAACUUGCUCAUUUGAAUGAUCGUCUGGCAGGCUAUAUUGACUAUGUUCGGAAACUGGAGCUUGACAAGCAGAAACUCACUCGACGUAUACAAACUGUAACUGAGGAGCGUAUGAGCAAAGUAGAAGAAGCCAGGAAAACGUAUGAAGAUGAGAUUGAGGCUCUUCGGAAUUUGGUUGAUGACCUAGCUAAGCAAAAAUCAAAGGCUGAACUAGACGCUAAACAAUUGAGAGAUGAAUUAAAUGAUGUGAAAUCGAAAGCCAAUAAACGAGAGCAAGAAAAUCGUAAUUUACAGAGGAGAAUCGAAAAUCUCGAGAGGGAAUUGAGUAAGUACAAACAAGAUCAUGAUGCAUAUCAGCCUCUUCUUAGCGACUAUCAUGUACUGGAGAAAAGGUUUGAAGAAAUGAAACGGGAUUUGGAGGCCGAAACUCUACUUCGCACUGAUUUGGAAAACAAAAUUCUUGGGCUUAAGGAGCAGUUAGAUUUCCGUUCCCGUUUAUUCGAUGAAGAACGUGAAAAGUUAGUUGAACGCAGCAUGUACAUUGAGGAAGAGGUGGAAGGCAGGAAACAAGCUGAAUAUGAAAGUCGGUUAGCGGAUGAACUUAGAUCGAUCCGAGAUCAAACGGCUUCUGAACUAGAAGAGUAUAAGAUACAAAUGGAAGAAACGUUUGAGAGCAAACUUGGACAAUUGAAAUCAUCAGCUGAUUUCAGUGCAGAAGAUGCUUGUCGUCAGCGGUCUGAUUUAUUGCUAGCUCGUAAACGUGCUGAUGAUCUUUCUCAUGAUCUAUCCAAGAAAAUUGCUGAACUAGAGUUACUUCAACGACGAGUUGCUGAUCUAGAGCGUCAGUUGACUGAUGAGAGAAGAGACUUCGAAUCACAACUUCUUUUCCAACGUCAGGAGGUAAACCGACUGAAAGAAGAAUUGGAGGCAAGUUUCCGUGAAUUCACUGACCUCAUGAAUACGAAAAUUGCACUGGAUCAAGAAAUAUUAAUGUAUCGAAAAAUGUUGGAGGGUGAAGAAUCCAGGCUUAAUCUGACACCAGCUACACGUGAUUCACCAUUCAAUAUCCAACUGGGUAAACGCAGGCGUACUGAUGCAGAUUUUGACGGUGAUGAUUCUGUUGCUAACCUAACUGGAACUGGUUACAGUUCUCGUUCACGAUUCGCUUAUCGCGUUUCAUCAACUGCACGUGGACCUGUGGAAUUCUUUAAAGAGCAGGAUACACAUGGCAAAUGGAUAAAGAUACAUAACUCUUCUACAGAUGAAGUGGUAUUGGGCAAUUGGGAGCUUGUACAUGAGGCUGAUGGACAUGAAACUCGUUUCAAGUUUUCUCGUGCAUUCUCUCUGAAGCCUGGAGCAGCAUGCACGAUUUGGAGUCAAGAUGCCGAGGGUAGUUCACAUAAUCCUCCUUUUGAUUUGACUAUGAAGAAUAAAACUUUCCAUUCAGGCAGCGAAAUUACAAUGCUACUGUUAGAUGCAGACGGUGAAGUGAGUUAUUUUCAUCCAUACACAAGAGUAUUCUUUUAUCGGUCAAUAUUUAUUUCAGCUCAUGUGCGCUUUAGUGUUUGUUUUUAAAAAUAUACUGAGAAACAAGUUUGGUCAUGUCGUGCCAAUGAAUUAUUUCCUGUUUAUUUGUUUGUUUGUUUGUUAAUAGCAUAGAGACUUGCACUGUACUUGCUUCAUGCACUUAUCUGAGUUGAGUACCUCCAUUCGUUAUACAUUCACAUCUGUCUAAAGCCUCACAUAUUUUGUCGCUGUUUUUCUCUUAUUUCUAAAAGUUAAUUUUUAUCAGGGUUAAAAAACAGAUCCAGAACACUUUGUUUCAGGUUUAAUUCUUCUUGUUGCUCACAUUCUUUUACUGAGGUAUAUUUUGCUAAUUGUGAAAAUAACGCACACAAAAAAAGAAUUACAAUGAGUUAAUUUAUUCUAUCAAAAGUUGGUUAAUUUCAAAUUAGUCUCUACAAGAGUUUUAUAGCCGUCAACAGUUGAUCAUCACAAUUUAAUGAAGUUGCUACUAAUCGGACUGUGUUUGUGUAGUAUGAAUUCAGCUACUGUUAGCAUAUCAACUGUUCGCUAUAACCAGUUGAAUAAUGUUAACGUGACUCAGCAACUAUAUACAGGUUUGUGGAUUAGGUGGUAAUCAGCUAAAUGUAGUAUGCGAAGGUUUUUUAUGCUUCCUGACUGUCCAAACCUCAAUAGGUUGGAUGUGGUUCAACCCUAUGACCUACUGGUCGUAAGUUGGCUGUACAAAUCAGUCAACCACAGCUUCAUUACAAUCAAGUUGAACUAUCCUUCUAAUGUUUUCCGUAUCACAGAUUAACAGGCAUACAGUAUCGAUAAUCUACCAAAGUUGCGACUGGUCUAGGUGUACACUUUUCGCUUAAAAUGAUUUUUUAAACUUUAUGAUAUAAAUUCCUUUUGUCCAUUAUGCCCAUUUCUGCUUUGUUACUAAGAUUGAUAAUGGUGUGUAGCUUGUUCGUAGGUGUUCGUCAAGCUAUAAGUCACCUCGGUAACAACCUCUACCUGAACAUCUACAUUACCCUCUAAAUUGAUGCUGUCUAUCACGAUUUUAACCUAUAUCUAUACAUAUUAAAUAUGGAUUUCACAUUGGAUGGUUGUGUACAUUUGAUCAGCACUUGAUAUUUGUGAAACGUAGCACUCCUUCUUUAAUAACGUCAAAGUCGUUCAGUUUACUGAAAUUUUGUGUUCAUUAUUUUACAUUCUAUUAGUUUGAAUAUUGCUCCAUCAUGACUUCUUUUGCAGGAGCAAGCCAAGUGCACUGUAAAACGUGAAAAAAUUCGUUCUUCUGGAGUUAAUUUCGGUCGUAAAACCGGUGUUCGUGGACAUGAUGAGGUUAGUUUACAAAUAAUCAGUGUUCGAUUCUAAAUUUGACAUUGUAAAAGAGUAUGCAUGUUAUACUUGGUUGGAGGCAAUCGGCUGGAAGCCCUGGACCUAUGUAAAUAUAGCUGUAAAGAUCAUCUAGGAGAAGCUUUCCCAUAAAGUUAAUCUACACUUGAUACCGGCAUUUAUGUACUAAGAUAUAAGCCCCAUUUUGUGUGUGUGUGUGUGUGUGUGUGUAAGGGCUUAUGGUACUAUUCGGUUGCGCAGAUGGAAGUGCAAACAUUUAAACUAUUCAAUGAGCUCUCUUGUUAAACUCAACCCAUUUAACAAAACCCCAUCUUCUAUGGAUAUGUCUGUGCACACGUAAUGGGGGGAACGAAUUUCAGGACAAAUAAAAGGUUUCGAACCGUCACCCUGUAUUACACGCACAUACAACGAAUUCAAUGAAUUCCGCUAUGAAGCUUUCUAGGUUUCUCUACUUACAGUUUCCAAUUUUCAUUAUUAAAAGUUAAAUGAAAAAGGGAAAUAGAUUUGGAACCCUUUAGAUUGAAUAUAACUGGAAAAACUGUAUCUUAAGUUCGUCGCCCAAAACUCUGAAUUUCUUUUAUAGCUGGAAAGGUAUUUCAUUCAACUAUCCAAACUGUAAACAAACCUUUCUACAGUUUGUAGCUGACAUAGAUGGAGAUUUUAUCUACAGUUCUGACUAAAGGAUGCAUUUCCAACCGCUAAGCUGAUUAGCUAGCAAGAAUGAUAUUGCGGUCCGCUUAUAUUUUGAAGAUGCGGAACUUUGAACCUAUCUCUUGUUCUUUUUGGCACUGGUCAAUAAUGUGUGUUUGCAUUCUGGACAAUUAAAACCCACAUGUCCAUCAUAUAAGUUAGCAUUUUUCUCUAGUGUAACAUGUUUUGAUUAACUUAUAUCUAUAUCAUUUUUCCUCCUUCUGUUUACUUCAGAAAUGUCAUCUCAUGUGAAAAGGAUCUAACAAGAUGUAUAACUUUUGCUUUGUUUAAUUGUCUGUCUAACUGGCUUUUAAUUAUCAAUAUUUGUAAUUGCAUUUUCUCAACAUUUGUUAUUUUGUACCUU